AUUUAAUCAAACGAGCACUUAUUCUUAGCAUCACCUUUUUCUCUUUCAUCCUUCCGACGUACUAUGAAGUAGUAUCACCAUUUCAGCAUCACCAUUCACCGCCAGGCCUCAAGUCCUUUUUCUCUGUAACUUUGACAGGCUCAAUUGAACUUUGAACGACAUCAAGGCAGUAAUUAAUGGCGGACAAACCAAGUAGAGGCCUGGUGUUGUAUGGUUACGGUUUAGCAUCUCUCAUCACCCCCUCACAUUCUCAUAUCCAUGCUGUUGCGUCCAGAGGUUGCUGUGGCUUCUUAGCCCUUGAUCAUUCCUCUCCUAAUCCAGAAGAAGAAGACGGGAAGCUAAUCAGAGAACUGGCGCAGCUCUUGGAUGCUAAUGAAGUUGUUUGUACUACUAAUGAAAAGGCGGAUGUUGGAUCGGAAGCCUUAAAGCAAGUUCCCAGCAUAAAGGAAAGAUUCAUGGGAAUGAGAGCUGCCAUAGUCACCAACAGUCCUUCUGUCAAAUGCUUUGGAGAGAAGCUUGGUUUUACAGUCUUGGAAUCUCAAUCAUCUGAUUUGGCAGCGAACGAGUUGCUAAAACUGCUUGGCUUUCAAGAUGGAAAAACAGUUGAUGAUGACCAUUUUGAUCUAGUCUUUGUGCAUAUUGGAGCAUAUAUGAAGGGAAGUACACAGAAUGGUAUUGACUAUGUGAACAGCUUGGUUGGGGAGAUAUUGCAAGUAGCCCAACCUGGGUCUGAAGUCGCUUCUCGUUUGCAUCUAACACUCAUUAUGAGCAAUGGAGCUGUCACAAUAGAUGAUCCGAACUUAUCACUUAUGUCCUUGCAUGAUGUAAACAACGCAGACCUCCAGUCCCUCUUCCCACGUCAAAGCUAUACCCUGAAAGGAGUAAAUCCAAGGAACGGCAUUAGGUAUCAUUAUCCGAUUUUAAUAGCACAAUGGCAGGAUGCUGUAACUCGAAAGGAUAUGGCAAAGGAGUUUUCUUUCAAUGAAUUCAGUAAGAACUGCGGAAACCUUGCAAUCCCAGCUGACAGAUUUUUGUAUGAGGUAGCCUUUAAGCUAUGGAAGGCACCCAAGUAUGGAGCAUAGAAUGUAAGAUGGAGCUACUGCAUAUAACAGACAUGGAUCUCUGGAGUUAUAUCAAUAACGAAUGCAGUGAAAUUCGAGACAUUGAAUGCUGAUCCUCGCCUAAGAUUAUCACACUCAACCACUACAGAUUAAUGAUCCUAAAGAGCUGAAUAUACUGUUCUGAGAUGGGAACGAGACAGAAAAUCGCUGUAUCAACUCUCUAAAAAUAGUCUGCUGUAAUAGCUGUAGGAGUUUAACUUAUUUUGUCUUUGGAAUACACUGCAACUACGAUUUUAAAAGAAACUGCUUGAAAUCAAACAAAAGAGGAGAUAUAUAUGUGAAGGUCAAAAAGACAGUUGCUCA